AGUUUGUGCUGUCAGAGGUGACAUCUCCAGCAAAGGGCAGGUUGGAGUAUCGCACCUGGUAAUAGCGGGAAGUUGUUGAAGAUUUCUGCAGUGGACUUGCACAGGAACCACAGUUUUCCUGCUCUAGGUGUUUUGUGCAUAAUGGAGAAGAUGGUGAGAAGAACAUGUGCAUUUUGCUCAGAUGGGGAGGCUGGUUCUGUGAUGUAUAUUGCCAAAGAGCGAAAUAUUGCAGCUCAUCAGGAUUGUCUGUUAUUUUCUUCAGGAUUUGUGGAAUCUGAAGAGUAUAACCCAGAUAACCUGGAUCUAAGGUUUGAUGUGGCAUCAGUGUUGAAAGAACUCAAGAGAGGAAAGCGGCUGGUGUGCAACUUCUGCCGCAAGAAAGGAGCCACUGUGGGCUGUGAGGAAAGAGCCUGUCGCAGAAGCUACCACUACUUCUGUGCACUCUGUGACGACGCAGCCAUAGAAACCGAUGAAGUAAAUGGAGUCUACCGAGUGUUCUGCCCAAAACAUGACCCAGGCAAUAGGACCAAUCACUAUGAUACAGCUAAUAAGAGGAGAAGACAUACACUGAAAUCUUCCACCAUGGCGGAGCAAAUGAGCACACAAGAGACAGCAGAAGAAAACAGUUUACAAAUACUAAAAAGGAAAAACAACAGGCAUAAAGUGCGAAUAGACUUUCUUAGGAAAUGUAAGCAAGCUGGGCUCCUGGAUGACAUAUUUGAAGAAAUGCUGGACACACUUCACCUGGCACAGGAAAAACUGAUGGAUGACAACACUUCAGAAACAGAGUAUGAAGAGACAGUAAUGUCACUCUUUGACUGUGGACUGUUUGAAAAUAUACUGACAAAUAUUCACUCAGGAACAGAGGAAAAAAUCCAGGAACUUCUGGAAAGCAGAAAAAAACUGGAUACUAAGAUUGAGCUACUGCAGGACUUGAAAGAAGUUGACCUUCUUACCCAAGAGAACACUGCGAGUACAUCUAGUACAAUGUCUGAAUAACCCCUAAGUCUGUCUGUAAUGGUGUCAGUAUUUAGGAUUUUUUAAUGGUAGAAACCAUAGAGCCUGUCUGGUCACUGUCUGAGUAAUUCCCUCUGGCCCUCACCUCUACCCCAAGAUAAGGAUACAGGCAAGAAGUGGGUGUUCUACUCAUUUUUAUACCUCACUGUUGCAAUAAUUUUAAGUUGUCCCUUUCUUUACAUUUUCCCCUGGAGCAAUGAGCAUUACACACCAAAUGUUAGCUUUUUCUAAAGCUCAGUGAAACCCUCCAGUGAAGACUUUGGUUUCCUCUCAGACAAGGGACCACCAGCUGCCACAGAGCACUUGUUAAAGUCGCUUCAGCUGUGGGAGCCCUCUUCUGCCUGUGCUGUAGCUGCUUCACUGUGUGCAGGACAGUGAUGGUUUAAGGAUUGUGUUGCUGCUUCGGCUUUCCAAAGAAGAUAAAAUUAGCAAAACUUGCACUUAAUGAAGCCUUCUGAAUUACAAACAGGCGUUUUUUAAUUCAGUGAUUCUUGAUUGACUGCUCAACAUAUAACUAGUUCUGCUGUAACAGUGUUUGCAAGCAGACCCAAAACAGUUGGGCAUCAUACGCUAUAAACAACAUGUAAAACAAGUCAAAGAACAAACUGUGUCUUCCUUUCACUAUUAAGAAAGGCUAUGACUUCCAUCUGUUUUGUCUUUAAAAAAAUGUUUUUAAUACAAAGAAGCAUUGUUUAGCUACGAAAGGGUAAGUUAACAAAAUAAAAUGUUUGUAAGAAA